CCAAGAGUGUCUACUCCCUUUUCCUUUUCUAUGGAAGACGACGAUCUCUCCUUUUAACAAACAAAGAGCCCUAAUCCAUGGCUUGGCGAUGGCAGCUCGUCACCAUCUUGCUGUGGCUCCCAUCGUUCUGGACUGACUGGAGCAAGUCUUCUCGCGGACAUGUCCUGAAUCUUGAUUCCGAAGUCCCUCUCUCCAUCGCAAGCAAAGAGUACAGAGCUGCCUUCCAUUUCCAGCCACCUCAAAACUGGAUCAAUGAUCCCAAUGGACCAAUGCUCUACAAUGGUAUCUAUCACCUAUUCUACCAAUAUAACCCAUACUCUGCACAAUGGGGCAACAUCACUUGGGGGCACUCCAAAUCCAUAGACCUCAUAAACUGGACUCCUCUCGACAUUGCUCUCAGGCCAUCGGAUCCCUUUGACCGUCAAGGAUGUUGGUCUGGCUCUGUCACCAUCCUUCCAGGAGACAAGCCAGUUAUCCUUUACACAGGCAUCAAUGAAUCAGGCCAUAACGUUCAAAACAUAGCACUACCAAAGAACAUUUCUGACCCUUUCUUGGUAGAGUGGGUGAAGCCAUCCUACAACCCGAUAAUGGUUGCAGAAGGAGUCGAUCCCACUCAGUUCAGAGACCCCUCCACUUGUUGGCUAGGCAAGGAUGGCCUCUGGAGAACAACUAUAGGAGCCGAGGAUUUUGAAAGGAGGGCAAAGGCUUUGCUUUACCAAAGCAAGGAUUUUGUGCAGUGGAGAAGUGCGGAGCGACCAUUGUUUUCGACUAAUUCAUCGUCCAUGAUAGAAUGCAUUGACUUCUUCCCCGUGUCUGCGAAAUGGAAGAGAGGAUUGGAUGGUUCAAGCAUGGGCUCAAAGGAAGUCAAGCACGUGUUGAAAAUGGGUGUGUUUGAUAACUCUCAUGAUUACUACUUGAUAGGGAGGUAUUCAGAAGAAUUGGAUGUGUUCACCCCCGAGAAUGUUGGUGAAGAUGAUCACCGAAUGUGGCUGAGAUAUGAUUAUGGGAGCUUCUAUGCAUCAAAAACGUUCUUCGACUCUGAUAAGAGGAGGAGAGUGUUAUGGGCGUGGUCCAAUGAGUCUGAUACUAUCUCUGAUGAUAUUGUGAAGGGAUGGGCUGGAGUUCUGACUGUUCCAAGAGCCAUUUGGCUUCAUAAGAAUGGAAAGCAAUUGAUGCAAUGGCCAGUUAGAGAGCUGGAGUCCUUGAGGAGGGAAAAGAUAGAAUUAAAAGAUGUAGAAGUUAGUAAGGGAGGUCUCAUUGAAAUCAAAGGAGUAAAAACCUCGCAGGCUGAUAUAGAGGUGGAAUUUGAGCUUCCAGAGCUCGAAAAGGCUGAGCUCGUGCACCAUGAGUGGAAACUUGAUGACGCGCAGAUGGCCUGCAACGAAAUGGAUGCUUCGGUUCCAGGAAGCAUAGGACCUUUUGGCCUGCUUAUUUUGGCUUCUCAUGAUCUUGAGGAGCACACUGCAGUUUUCUUCAGAGUUUUCAAGACCAGAACCGAUUAUGCUGUUCUCAUGUGCUCCGAUCAAAGAAAGUCUUCAUUGUGGCCUGAACUCUACAAGCCAGUAUUUGGAGGAUUCGUGGGCAUGGAUGUGAAAGAGGGGAAGAUAUCUCUAAGGACUUUGAUUGAUCAUUCAGUGAUUGAGAGCUUUGGUGAUGGAGGAAGAACUUGCAUCACUGCUAGAGUUUAUCCCAAACUACUGCUUUCUGGAGACACUCAUAUGUAUGUGUUCAACAAUGGGUCUGAAACAGUGAAGAUAAGGGAGUUGAAGGCUUGGGAGAUGGGGAAUGCUCAGAUUAAUUGAGCAAAAGCGCUUGAAAGAUAUGUUUUUUUCAACUUUUUCAGGUAAGAAUGGAUGAAAGAAGAGAUAGAUUGUUGAUUUUAUGCUAUUUCUAAUAUAUUUUUGGCAUAGUUUUUAAAAAUUUGUGUUUGUGCAUUGGUUAGCCAGCUCCCAUAUUUAUGUGGCUGUUGAAAACAUUUUAUUCAUAGCUAAAAUGAGAGAUUAUUCUAAUCUAUUGAUUA